AUGCACAAAAGAAAUAUUCACAGAAACACAGAUUCCCUUCGUCGAACUGCCCGGGCAUCGCAAGCGCGCUUGGACGAAUUCAGCGACAAAAUAGAGCGAGAAAAACACAAGAUUAUCAGAUCAAGUCACAACGAGAAAAACAAAGUAUUGAACGAGCUGAAGUCAAUCCAUCGUGUUUUUAAACCGCGGCUUGACGUGAUCAGAGAGAAUCAGGAUGGCACACUACAAAUUGUGCAAAAUGCUGUGGGUGACAAAUAUGACACUGAUUUGACCGAAUUUGUAGAACAGCCAAGAUCGCCAGGAAGGGCUGAAACCUCUUCAACCCGACGCAGACACACAGAGCCAAAUAUGAGAUGGCCUUGUGGGGAAAGGAUGCCGGCACUUGUACAGAAUUACAGUCGAAAUGACUCGGGAGAUCCUGUCCCCUAUGCGCGUCAAUGGUCCUACCGUCUUGGUCAAUCCCCGAACAUCGAAGCAGGGGGACCACGUUUGUCAGUCCAGAUCGAGCGUGAAUACCUUGCUAGACUCCGUAACGCUGCGGAGAAACCUUGUAUUUCUGAGUCAAUGUCGUCGGUAUCGAUGGGUUACCUUGCUUUCAAACGUGCCUUGAAGAACAAACGUCAGAUGGAGCGCCUGGAUCGCAAGUUUGUUGAUCCCAGAUUCAGGUCAAUAUUUCUGGACGCGGCUGAACUUAGUGUUAUACCGGAGCAGAUAGAUUGGACAGCAGAAAUGGAUGACAAUGUGAACCCUCAUCUGGUUAAAAAGGACCGCUCUCAAAACCGUUACUCAAACGGACGUCUACCAACGCCCAUCAGGAAGCAUUGCACUUUGUCCUCUCUAUCCAGACCAAUGGCCGAUCUCCAAAUGAGCUGGUCUGAAGCAAGAGGAAACUUGUUAAACCCGGAUCUGUUGUGUGCCAGAAGCACAGACACGCUAUGCUCAGAAAUGCCCGCGAAGCAACGAUCAGAGUUAAAAGCGGAAAGAAGUAAAGCAAACAGAGCAUCUGUAAAUUACAUGCGUGAGUGCUCCGGCAUCAGUGAACGGAGCGAAGAAGAAGGAUUACCUGCAAAAUUUGAUAAAAAUCCGAGAGAGAAACUGAUGCUGUUGCCGAACAACAAGAAUACCUUGUUUCGCAGUCGUUCUUCCAAAUUACUUAGACCGUUGGGAACAGGUUGCUUUAGUAAAAGCUUUCAAGCUACGAAAAGAAGGCCGCCUGAAGUAGUGUGGAAAACUGUGAGUAUGCACAAAAGAAAUAUUCACAGAAACACAGAUUCCCUUCGUCGAACUGCCCGGGCAUCGCAAGCGCGCUUGGACGAAUUCAGCGACAAAAUAGAGCGAGAAAAACACAAGAUUAUCAGAUCAAGUCACAACGAGAAAAACAAAGUAUUGAACGAGCUGAAGUCAAUCCAUCGUGUUUUUAAACCGCGGCUUGACGUGAUCAGAGAGAAUCAGGAUGGCACACUACAAAUUGUGCAAAAUGCUGUGGGUGACAAAUAUGACACUGAUUUGACCGAAUUUGUAGAACAGCCAAGAUCGCCAGGAAGGGCUGAAACCUCUUCAACCCGACGCAGACACACAGAGCCAAAUAUGAGAUGGCCUUGUGGGGAAAGGAUGCCGGCACUUGUACAGAAUUACAGUCGAAAUGACUCGGGAGAUCCUGUCCCCUAUGCGCGUCAAUGGUCCUACCGUCUUGGUCAAUCCCCGAACAUCGAAGCAGGGGGACCACGUUUGUCAGUCCAGAUCGAGCGUGAAUACCUUGCUAGACUCCGUAACGCUGCGGAGAAACCUUGUAUUUCUGAGUCAAUGUCGUCGGUAUCGAUGGGUUACCUUGCUUUCAAACGUGCCUUGAAGAACAAACGUCAGAUGGAGCGCCUGGAUCGCAAGUUUGUUGAUCCCAGAUUCAGGUCAAUAUUUCUGGACGCGGCUGAACUUAGUGUUAUACCGGAGCAGAUAGAUUGGACAGCAGAAAUGGAUGACAAUGUGAACCCUCAUCUGGUUAAAAAGGACCGCUCUCAAAACCGUUACUCAAACGGACGUCUACCAACGCCCAUCAGGAAGCAUUGCACUUUGUCCUCUCUAUCCAGACCAAUGGCCGAUCUCCAAAUGAGCUGGUCUGAAGCAAGAGGAAACUUGUUAAACCCGGAUCUGUUGUGUGCCAGAAGCACAGACACGCUAUGCUCAGAAAUGCCCGCGAAGCAACGAUCAGAGUUAAAAGCGGAAAGAAGUAAAGCAAACAGAGCAUCUGUAAAUUACAUGCGUGAGUGCUCCGGCAUCAGUGAACGGAGCGAAGAAGAAGGAUUACCUGCAAAAUUUGAUAAAAAUCCGAGAGAGAAACUGAUGCUGUUGCCGAACAACAAGAAUACCUUGUUUCGCAGUCGUUCUUCCAAAUUACUUAGACCGUUGGGAACAGGUUGCUUUAGUAAAAGCUUUCAAGCUGUACGUCAGAUCGAAAAAUAAGAAUAAAGAGCUUGGUUUUAAUUUCGUAUAA